CAGAAUGACUCCGACACGUUUCUCGGACUCUUGAGAGACGUCUUUUGUGUUUUUUAUUGUGUUUUAAAAAAAAUUUCCGAGAAGAUGAGCUCCAAGACUGAAGACGCAGAGGCAAGCCUGCAGGCCCAGCUAGCCGACUUCCGAGCUCAGGCCGAACACUGGCAGGGCGUGGCGACGAUCUGCGAGCUGAGCAAACAGGAGGAACUGACAGAGCUGCAAAAACAAUGUGAUCAAGAGGUCCAGUCCCUGCAGGAGGCUCUCAGAGAGACGGCAGCGCAGUAUGAGGCCCGGAUAUCUGUCCUCCAGUCUCAGCCUCUGGAGUGGAGGAGAGCCGGUGGACAGAACGUGAUCAGUGGAAGGAGAGGCAGGAUGGAUGCAGAAGUCUCCAGUAAUGACGCCCCCACGUCGACCACCGCCAGCAGCCUGGCGGAGGCCGAGGUCAUGUUGUCGACGGACAGGAGGCACAACCAAUUAGCAGAGCUCGAGGCGGUAGCGGAGGGAGAAGGGACUCCUCUUGCAUCAGAGGCAUAUUUUUCACUGCGGCACUGCGACUCGGCCUCGUUGUUGUCCUUCUCGUUAGACACGCCCUCUCUGCCCAGAAAACUCCACGCUCAGGAGGACACCGACUCUCUGGUCUCCACGGGAACGUUGGUGCCUGAAGCCAUCUACCUGCCGCCGGCCGGACACCGGCUGGUCAUGCACGGCGACUGGGAUGCACUGAGUGCUCAGGUGUCAGAGCUGCGAGGGGAGGUGUGUCGGCUGCAGGCUGAGAAGGAGGAGCUGGAGAGGGAGCUGGACACACAGACCAACCACACACACAAACAGGUAUCAAUGCUGCAGUGUCAGGUCCAUACUUCAGAGGCCCUCCUCCAGGAUUUGCAGAAAUCUUUCAGCCAAUCACAGAAUGCCGUCCAGAGUCGGCUGGCAGAGUUAUCCUUUUCCCAGAGGAAGGUGUGCAGUGAGCUGUCCAGACUGAAAGGAGAGGAGGUUGAGGAUGAGGGACCAGACUCCAGCUUAUCAUUCCCAGCAACACUGCAGGGGGCGCACUGCGAGGAGCGUCUUCGCAUCGAGAUAGUCAACCUGAGGGAGCAGCUGGCCGCCAGGACAGAGGAGGACGAAGUUUUAGAAGUGCAGCUGUCCAGUCUGAAGACGGAGACGGAGAGGAUCCAGAGUCAGAAGGACCAGUUGCAGGCUGAACUGCUGGCCUGCCGCACUGAACUGGACGGCCUGCGGGUGGCGCUGUCUCAUGUGCAGCGCACCAACAAGACCCUCAGUGCUGACAAAGCGUCCAUGCAUCAACAGUGUCUGGAGCUGCGGAGCCAACUGAUCAGCCUGCGCUCUCAGGUGGACACCAGCCAGACGGUCCAGAUGGACUUCGUCCAGCUGUCCCAGUCGCUGCAGAUGAAGCUGGAGGUAAUUCGGCAGGCGGAGAGUCUUGAACAAGUCAGGGAAAUCCUGGAGGAGGGAGUCAGUGAAGCUGGUUCCCUGCCUGCAGACGCUUCUAUAUUGGAACCAAAGAGCAUAGACCACGAUUCACUUCUCCAAUAAGGACCAACCGACCGAAUGAAAUACUGUCGUGACCACUGCGAUGACCACAGCUGGUGCUGCUAGCACUUCUAACAUGAGAUGUUCCUAAAGAGACAUUGUUUUGGGGUUGAGGUGACGGUUCCGUGUCGAUGACUGACACUGUUGCUUUGCGCCCAAAGUGAUGAUGAGAACCGUAAAUGCUUUGGGUAAAAAAAGAAAACGGUUCACAUUCCCUUUUUUCUUCCAUCCAGUAACACGUUUAUUCCUCUACUAUUACACACGUAAAUGUUAAAAACUGACAUGAUUCCAGUCUGUAUACACUCUGUAUUUCACUGUGUUAAUAAUUGAAAUGCAAUCAUUUCCCCAUGCAAACAUUUCUUUGUAUGUUCUUUGCAAAGCAACGGAUCACAGUGCAAUAAUGAAUAACUGUGACACAAAGCAGUAACACUCCUCAAUGAACUGCAUUUCAGAUGGGAUUUGUAUCAUAUGCAUUAAUUGUUGUCUUUUUAUUUUAGCUCAGCAUUGUUAACUAAUCUUGCUUUUAAACUCCAAGUUAAUUCAUGAUUGUGGAUUUGAACUGAAGUGAACUCUAUGAAGAAAUGUGAAUGUGUUACAUCUCGUCACUUUGUUCUGUGUUAAUACAUAUUGGAAAGGAAAUAUAGGCUGUCACAAUCUUUUCUUCAUCCUUUGAGUUCAUAUUCAAACAUUAUGAUAAGCUUUCUCAAACAGAG